AUCUGAACAACUAGAAAUCAUGAUGAAAGUUGUCGUUGCAUUGCUCGACAACCUCAAGCUUCUUCGCUCAAAUCCGUCGCCAUGAAUAUCGCCUACAACUCCGCCUUGCGGCAAAGCAAGUCUCUCCGCGCAGAGCUCUCCAAUCUCAACAACAAACCUCAAGCAUCUCCCUCCGAAAUUGGCAACGUGUCCGCCUCAAUCGCUUCUUUCACCAAGACCCUCGAUGAAUACCAAUCCCUCGCCCGUCAGGAGAUCGUUCCCAAGAAACAAGAAGAAGGCUUUGAGCGAGUAAAGAGGUUCCGCGAAGAUCUCUCCGACUUUCGAACGCAAGUCGACUCACUGAAGAAAGUUCGUGAUGAUGCUCAACACCAAGCAAAUCGCACAGAACUUCUUGGUCGAAGACCGUAUAAUGCUACACCCGAGAACCCUUAUGCGAACGCUACAACAACAAACACGCACUCUGCGUUCCAGCCUCGACACCCACCUCAAGCGAGCGCCUUGACAACAGGCUCACCAGAUGAGAUGCGCGAGGCACAUGCGUUUAGGGAGCAGAACUUUUUCGCAAACACAAACCAAGCGCUAGAUGACUACAUUGCGCGUGGACAGGCUGUACUGGGUGACCUGGGCCAGCAACGCGAGAUGCUCAAGAGUACCCAGAAGCGACUCUACAACGUCGCCAACACCCUUGGCGUAAGCGGUGAUACGAUCCGUAUGGUGGAGCGACGGGCAAAGGAGGACAAAUGGAUCUUCUUUGCGGGCGUGGUGAUAUUUUUCUUGUUCUGUUGGCUGGUGCUCCAUUUCUUGCGGUAGAAAAGAAGCCGAAUUGGGUCGUUAUUUGGGAGAGGAAUGUCACAGAAAUGUACGCUUAGGGGCAUCAGCGCGGCGCAUGGAGUUUUUUUCUCUUUUGAGUGUCUUGUGUUGUUCUUUUGCUUGUAUCAUACCACGCCAAGUCAACAUGUUCUUGUCUGAAGCACUAUGCUACUCGUCAUCGCCGUCGCCUUCUUUUAGUGCUACUGUGAACAGUACAUCCUUGUCCGUCGUCACUGACACGACUUGUGACUCGGGCAGGAUAUGAUUGCUAGUGCUCAGCUUGCCACCGAUCUCAGAAUGCCAGUUCUCGACGUCCCACUCGAAACCCUUUGUCGUAAUGUUGGCAGCCUCUUUGAGAGGGAUGAUACCAACGUGCUUGCCGAAGACAUCUUCCUCUCCCUCCUCUCGGACCUGGAUCUGAUGGCUGCCAGCCUUAAGCAGGAAUGUCAAACUUGAGCCGGAGAGAAGAAAGAGUCGACCUGUCGCAUAAUCGGGGUCGUUUUGGAAAAGGUACAGGUGGUGAAGCUGAGAAAGACCCUGGUCGACACGGCCCCCGAUACCCCCAAGUGCGACGAUGUCGAUGCCUUCGGGGUAUUCUUUGCGAAUCCAGUUGAUAGCCUUUGCAAAGUCGGUCGACUCUUGGUCAGCGUCGUGGAUGACGGUCGCAGGGGAGGGUUGCGAUGAGUAGAAAUCGCGGACUUGUGGGGUGAGAGAAUCGAGGUCGCCAAUGAUGAGUUGAAGGUUAGACUGUAGAAUCAGCAAAAUGUCGAACAUUGCCGUCCACGACCAGUAUCAUAACG